AUGCAGUACUUUGCUGCAGAGGAUGGUGUCAUCAAGACCAGCUAUAAUUUGGACCUGGAAUUGGACCGGACCCUGGAGAAGAGUAUUCUGUUGGUCCGAGCAUUCAGCAUGUCUGAUGACCGCAGCGGAACGGCCACAGUCACCGUCUACGUGCAGGACGUCAACGAACAUGCGCCUCUCUGCGUCCCCCCUGUGAUAGUUUUAACGGUUCCUGAGACGACUGAGGUGGGAAGAAGUCUGGGCACGCUGCGUUGCUUUGACGUGGACGUCAGUAACCAGAACGUCACGCUCACGCUUAUUGAGAACAGCUUCUCACUCUUCAAGUUUCGCCUUCAAGACGGACAGCUACAGGUGAAUAACAGCCUGGAUUACGAUGUUGCAGAUGUCACAAAUUUCCAGUAUGAAGCCACCAUUUUGGCCACAGACUCUGGCACUCCUCCCCUCACAACUGAAGUUCGUGUCCUCAUAACGGUGACCCCUGUGAAUGAGUUUGACCCUCUGUUCUUGGGGCCCCUGGUCAUCUCCGUCCCCGAGAACACGAGGAGGGGUUCGGUGAUUGCGUCUAUCAGCGCAGUGGACCGCGACUGGCCCUUCAACUCUCUCCGAUACUCCAUCCUGGAGGGUGAGGAACAGUUCUCCCUUGACCCCAUUAGAGGUCAGCUUUACCUGGGGGUAGAUUUGGACUUUGAGGUCCAGGAGCAGCAUGAGCUGAAAGUGAAGGCUGUGGACUUUGAUCAGGAUGUGGACAAAACCAAACAGCGCACAGGCAUGGCAGAGAUCACUAUUAUGGUGGAGAACGUGAAUGACAACGCCCCAGUGUGUGACCCGGUGUCCUAUGAGUCCACCAUCUUCUCCACUCUGGCCUCCAACAGCCCCAUCGUCACGCUGACCUGCACGGAUCGGGACGGAGACCGUCUCACGGCUACCAUCACCAGUGGCGCAGCAGUUGACCGGUUUCAGCUGACCGGCUUGACCCUUCUCUCCAGGAACGUCUUCUCUUUCGUGCCGGACGGCGUGUAUGACGACACGGAUUACGAGAUCACCAUCUCGGUGUCUGACGGCAAACACAGCACCAGUGUGGUGGCGUAUAUAUACGUCAUUCCCUGGACCACCACCAAACCUACAACCACUACCACAACCACAACGAAGAACCCGGCGGUGGUGACUGUGAUUAAUGAGUUCUGGGACCCGCAGCCAUGGUUUGUGGCCGCCCUGACGGUCACCGGCGCUUUGCUGCUCCUCCUCCUGAGCCUUCCUCUGUGGAUAAAGCUCUUCCGGUACCCCACACCAACACUGACUCAGUAA